AUGUCUGAGAUAAUUGACCUAGAGGAUAUGGACUAUGACAGCAUAUACACCCAGGAAAGUGAUCACUAUACAGGGUUGCCAACUAUGGACUCCAUGUCUGAUGGGUAAGUGGUUUUGUGUCGGACAAACACAUUAGUCUCUUACGCAUUUCGUUUAGCUAAAGUAGACUUCUUCUUAUAAAUUCCAGGAAACCAGGGCAACAGCCGCGGAUGAUAACAAUCAAGUCGUACACAGAAAUAUGUAUAGAGGCGAAGGAGUAAGUACGGAGUUGAUAUAGAGUCAAUCUCGUACCUCGAGUCUCUCGAGUCCCUUACUGCGCAUGUUGGCUUGACGAGACGACGCUCGUUUCCCGACCGCUGGUUAAGGGGAAGGAAGACGCUGGGUACGAGGGUGAUAUUUAACAUUUAUUCCUCGAGCCCGAAUGGGGUCAGCGUCAAUAGCCCAGGAGGCCGAAGGCCGAAUGGGCUAUUAACUCGGAGGCCAUGAGGGCGAGAGGAAUAAUUGUUUUAGUAAAAUCCAACUAGUUGGUCAAAAAAUAUCGAGACAAAACAACUUAAAGCAAGACUUUAAUCCUUUUUUGCCGCCCAAAAGCCCACGCUUUUCGCUACUAGUGGGCUAUAACAUAUAGCCUAGUAAUAGACCACUAUUUGGAUUUUACUAAAACCCUUUAUGUAAGCCAUACAUAAAUUCUCUAGACUGAUCUUCAUACAUUUCCUUAAAGAAUUGAUUAAAGAUCAAAGCAUUUUCCCUUAGGUGAUCAUUUCGUUAAUUAUCAUAGCCUCUUUUCUUUGCUAUGUGUCGAUACUGUUUAAAGAAAAUUGAUUUUGGUCGCGCCUGGGACUUACAUUUUUAAUGCGGCCAUACCCCACACGGUAUUCAUAGUAGUUAGAGUCAUAGUUUUUAAACUGACUUGAUUUAACCAAGCUGUAGUUGAUAAGAUCUGACCUAAAAGUGUAAAGACAGUAAGAAAGUAUAUCAUCGGCUUAUCAGUAACCUUAAAAAUCUCAAGUGGCCUUCAGACGGCCAAUUUUGUAGACCUCGUGCGGUCGUCCUUCUUUCCUCAGAGCUACGCGCGAUAAGCGAAAAAGUAAAAGGAGUAGGGAUUGUGUCGGAGGGAGGAAAAAGGACGUCUCUUAUUUCUUCGCCGGGCUUCUGCCAUUGCUCCUUACGCCCCUUGCGCGUGCGCUUCAGAUUUUUUACGACUCAAAAGAAAAAAAAGAGACUUCUCGCAGUCUAACAAUUUUACCGAUAACUUAAAGUAUGUCUGCUCUUAAUGAUGUGACCUGAGCAACAAACGAGCAGAUUUAUACUUAUUAAUUCAUGCUCUCUUAUACACACUUUUUCAGUUCUCCAUUGCCAGAAGAUUCUUCUCCUAGUGUAAAACNUCGCGCCUGGGACUUACAUUUUUAAUGCGGCCAUACCCCACACGGUAUUCAUAGUAGUUAGAGUCAUAGUUUUUAAACUGACUUGAUUUAACCAAGCUGCAGUUGAUAAGAUCUGACCUAAAAGUGUAAAGACAGUAAGAAAGUAUAUCAUCGGCUUAUCAGUAACCUUAAAAAUCUCAAGUGGCCUUCAGACGGCCAAUUUUGUAGACCUCGUGCGGUCGUCCUUCUUUCCUCAGAGCUACGCGCGAUAAGCGAAAAAGUAAAAGGAGUAGGGAUUGUGUCGGAGGGAGGAAAAAGGACGUCUCUUAUUUCUUCGCCGGGCUUCUGCCAUUGCUCCUUACGCCCCUUGCGCGUGCGCUUCAGAUUUUUUACGACUCAAAAGAAAAAAAAGAGACUUCUCGCAGUCUAACAAUUUUACCGAUAACUUAAAGUAUGUCUGCUCUUAAUGAUGUGACCUGAGCAACAAACGAGCAGAUUUAUACUUAUUAAUUCAUGCUCUCUUAUACACACUUUUUCAGUUCUCCAUUGCCAGAAGAUUCUUCUCCUAGUGUAAAACCGAAGUUCAGGCAAGAAAAAGCAUUUAAAGAUAUCAACAUGAAUAACAAACAGUCUGAUCAAAUACCAGACACAAAGAGAAAAUUAUCAGCACCCAAGGCAAAAUUUCCUAAAAGCAAGGACAAAGUAAACGUAUGGACAAAACAAGGAAGAGUAGAGUCGAAGAAGAAAGCGGAAAGAGCGCCAUGUUGGUUUGCGGUGUUUAUUUUCUGCUGCGGUGUUAGUAAAGAGAAUCCUUGGUAUAGUUUGCUGGGAAAGGGUGAGCUAUUCAAAAGUCGACAUUUAAACUCCUGUCUCUUUCCACAAAUAAAUAAAUAAAUAAAACAGAAAGACGGACAAACAAAAAGCACUGAGAACCAGUCUAUUGAAAUGAAGUGUCUUCAGUUAUGUUCAGUCAGUACCCAGUAAAACGUAAUUUUUCCUCGGCUGCAGCGCUCCUCAUAAAGAGAUAAAUAGCCAAUCUCUAGGCUCCUUACUUGUUUUAAUAGACAUUUUCUCAUUCCGCAGGUGCAUUCCUGGCGUUUUUUCUGUCCAUUGUGUACCUCGUGGUUUGCUUAGCUGUUCUUCCUUUUCUUAUCAUUGCCGCAGCAGUGGGUGCGGUGUUUUUUGGUGCUGGUAUGGUAUCUUACCUGGCAUUUUCAUCAAAGAAAAUCGGUGUUUCUUUCGACGAAGAAGGCGAUGCGUCCUGCAUAGGGGCAGUUUGGGGAUCCUGGGUCUAG